UAAAAAAUAUUAGAAGUUAGAUAUGUGUUGUUUGAGAAUUUCAUAUUUCGAGAAAUACGCUAUUUGAGACGUUGGAGUAAACUAAAUAUUUUUCUACUUGGAUUUUCAAAUUAUAACAACAAGUGAUUUUUCACACUCUCUUUCAUGCAUUUUCAACUCCACUUGAGAGAGUUGUUUAUGGCGAGAGGGGGACAAAUGUGGUGAUGGAGGCGGCAGAUCUGCUCCCAUCUGGAAAACCCUAUCGUUGAAUCUAAGAGGAGAGAGGGAAUGGAGAUGACAACGCCAGAAUCAUGGGUGGGGGGUAGGGGUGUGCAGCGGAGCGGUCCUACCCGACACAACCCGGACCGAACCGGCUCCAAGACCCACACAACACCGGAUCGUUAGUCUUUUGGUCUGGGGAUUGGUCCCAACUUGAGACAUUUCUCGGUGCGUGGUCUGGAUCCGCCCGAAACCGACAAAAUACCACCAAAACCGACCCGAACCGUAAAAACUAGGUUUAUUCAUAUUACGUUUCGUUCAGGCCUUCCCUACCCUACAUAAUAUAUAUAUACUUAGACUCUUUAUCUUCUACAAUACUUAGAGUUAGCCAUCAGUCAAUAACAAACAGCCAAAAACAUAUCCUCGUGUGGAGCCCGCCGUCGCCAACCAUUGUCGUUCGUCUUCACUCUACCUUUGAAGGACAAGGUAACAUAUGAAAUAAAGGCUGCCAGUUGGCUCAAGUUUUGUAGUUGCUCGUGACUGUUGAAAGCUUCGCCUUCUUUGUACACGUUUAAUUAGUAGUUUACUCGAUAGAUUGAAUUAAAAUAAACAUCACAGAAACACAGAAGCAAUAGCUCUCUACAGUAUGUGAGGAAAAUGUAAACAUAUAAUAGUUGAAUAGUUUAUUUGCUCCUUUGCCUUUUGCCUUUCAGGGAGCUUAUACAUUUGUAAUAUGUUUAUUAUUCUCGUUUUAGUAGCAUGCCAUUUUCAAGAAUGAACAAAAUUAUGAAUGGGUUAUGGGAUUUGAAUAUGCAGAUGUCAGACCAUUUGCAACAUAUUGAUCAAGGUCAGAAUGUUCCACAAACAAGUCAGCCUACUAAAAUAACGAGAAAAAGAGUUGUACCCUGGAAGGAACUCAACCUCCACCUCAAGGGCAAGAGGAGCCUAUUACUAGAAAGGUUGGGAAAAAAGGGAAAAGGCAAAGCACCAGUUCAGAAAUAUGAUGUUUGGACCCAGUUUAAGAAGUACAAAAAUGAAAAAGGAGAAAUGAGAGCUACCUGCAAAUAUUGCGGUAAAGAUUAUGCAGGAGAUACCGUUAAGAAUGGAACUUCAGCCAUGAAGAAGCAUGUGAUACCGCCAAAUGCUUGAAAUGCUCAAACUAAUGGUGAAGGUAACACCCAAAAACUUUUAAGUUUGAAACCAAUUGGAGAUGGUGAUGAUAGUAUAACUGGUUGGAAGUUUGAUCCUUAUAAAAUAAGGAGGUUUCUCGCUCGCAUCAUUAUCAUGGAUGAAUUGCCAUUUAAGGAGGUCUCUCGCUCGCAUCAUUAUCAGAUGCAUGCCCUAGGUUUAAUAUACCUUCUAGAUGGACUGUCUUUAGAGAUUGCUUUGCUUGGUAUGUUGAGGAGAAGAACAAACUGAAGAUGUUGUUAAAGAGCUCUAUGGGAAGUAGGAGUGUUGGUUUAACUACAGACACUUGGAGUUCACUACAGAGAACUAAUUAUAUGUGUCUUACUGCUCAUUUUAUUGAUGAUGAUUGGAAGAUAUCGAAUAGUAUCAUUAACUUUUGUUCAAUCUUCAGUCAUAAGGGGAAAGACAUCGCAGAAGCCAUUGAUACAUGUUUGGUUGAAUGAGGGAUAUACAAUGUUUUUACCAAUGACACUGGCGUUGGACAUUUGAAAGCUAUGUUAGCUAGACGAGGAUCAUGUGUUCUGAAUUGGAAAUACUUGCACAUGGCGUCGCCCAUAUCAUCAAUUUGGUUGUACAAGAGGCCAGGGAUUGAAAGAUGUAUACAUUUCAAUCAAAAGAGUAAGAGAAGCAGCUAGAUAUGCGAAACAAUCUCCUUCUCGUUUGUACUAGUUUCGUGAGUUUGCUUCACUUCAGAGUCCAAAGAGAAAAAGGGGGAAAAUCCAAAACUACCACUGUUUAAAAAAAAUUACAAAAAUACCACCAUUUCCCAACAAUUUCCAAAAAUACCACCGUUUAUUAAAAACCGCGCCUCUUUGAUAGGCGGUUAAUAUAUUAACUGUGCCACCAGGCAACGGUUUACAUUAUAACUGCCUUGCCACACAAGCGGUUUUUAAUUUGAGGUAAAACCGCUCCUCGAAGGCGCGGUGUAUAUACUAACCCUACCACAAAACGCUUCAUGAGGAAGCGUUUAGAUGUCGGUUUGAUAAACCGCCCCUCCAGGCGGCGGUUUACCAUGUGCAGACAUAAACCGCUGCCCCAAGGCGCGGUUUGUGCCUGUUCACCCGACAUCAAACAUGUGGGCAUGCAGGGGGUGGGGCUGCAUGGCAUACCUAAAACCGCUCCCCCGACUUGCGGUUUGUAUUGCAAAAUUCGCCUAUAAAAGGCUGUUUCAGAGAAGUCAAAUUCUUCACACUCCUCCUCCUCCUUCAAAUUUCAGUUGUGCACCUUUAAAUUAUUUAGUUUUUGCGAUUAACGUUAAUUCGUAAGUUUAUUUUAUAUUAAUUUUCAUUUUCCUUUGUGAUUUUAUGUUAGUAACUUAAAUACAGUUUUAUUGCAGAUGGCAUUCCAAAGGUUCACGCUUGGGUUGCGGUGGAAUGGUUACACGGAAGAGACCGAAAAGGGUGUAAGUUACGUCGGUGGUAAUUUUUAUAAAAUGAAGGUCCGUACGAGACCGAUGCUUAAAGAGCUCCAUCAAAUGUGCACUCAGAUUACCUGCAUGGAUGACACUAGAAGAGUUGAUCAAAUGGUGUAUCAAUAUCCAAAUAGACAUGACGGGUCGCUGUGGAAUGAGGAAUUCCUCCUUACCACUCAGGAGGACGUUGAUGCCAUGGUCCAAUUUUUUACCACUAAUAAAAUUAAGCAAGCGGAGAUGUUCGUUUACACCGAGGCCGUCGAAGGCGGUGUAGGUCAUUUUGGAGAUGGCCAAACAUCUGGUAUCUACGGUGGGAGUGUAUUAUACGAAGAUCAUCCUCACCAGGAGUACCAAGACUCGAGCUGGAGGCAGGAGUAUCAUGAUGGAACUGGAGGUCAUCAUCAAUCAUUCCCUUCAUAUGAAGAAGAAGCUCAACAGGCGGAUCAUAACCAACAAGCAGGCUACCAGUACCCACCCGAGUACAACUUCUACCAAAGCGGUGUUAGUUACUACAGCUACCAUUAUGGAGCUGGUGAAGGUGAGGUGCCUUUCAUGAUGAUAAUCAGAUGGAAGAAGAGGUCAAUCCAAGUCCAAUUAGUGACCCUGAGGUUGAAGAAGAGGAAGGCGGUGUUAGUGCAGACAGCUUCGAUCCUCUGGAAGGUGCUGAUGAUUCCGGUCCUGAUUCAGACGCAGACGGUGAUGAGGUACCUCGCGACCGUGUACCUAUCCCGUACUACAAUCACAUUCAAAAUGAAGAUUGGUAUGUUGAUGCCGACAUGGACCCUCCAGAGGUGCCAGUAUGGGGUCCACUCACUGGCUUUACGAAGGGACAACAAUUUGCAACUAAGACUGAGGUCCGACAUGCUAUUGCCACUGAAGCAAUGACUCGGAGUUUUGAAUGGCAAAUAACCCAUUCGGACACAAAGAGGCUGAUGGUUCGAUGCAACAAUGAAAAUGAGGGAUGCAAAGCUAGGGUCCGGGCCAUCAAGAGCAAAAGAGUCGGCCAUUGGGUCAUAUCCCGUGCGGUGAACACACACACAUGUGUGUCAUCAAUAACAUCCCAAUGCCAUCGAUAAUUGAACUUGAACUUGCAGAUUUAUGAUCCAAGAAAGACAUUUUUCAUUUAAGCAACUUGAAUUUGACAAUUGAUUUGUUUAUUUCCUCUUUUGAUAAACACAAACGGUUGAUGGACGGUUCAUGGGUUGGUCCAGACCGUACCAGACCAGUUUCGGUCGGGCCCGUACCGGCCCAAUUAUAUUCCUGGUCCGGGCCUUGGUCCAUGCAUCAACCUUAUUCAUGGUCCGGUUCUUUUCGGGUUGCUCUGGUUUUGGAUCGACCCGAAUCGUUGCACACCCCUAGGGGGUGCAGAGAUGAGAGGACAGCAACAAAGGUCAAUUUGGUAUUUGAUUAUCAUCGUGAACUCGAAUGACAUAAGAAAAUGACAAAGGGAAGAAGAUGUACUCCUCAAUUGUUCGAAGAGAGAGAAGUUGCAUGGAUAAAAAAUGUAAAAUUAAAAAUGUAUCUCUUAACACCAAUUCUAACCUAUGUCCUUUUUAAUUGACUGUUAGAUUUGAGUACACUUAAAGAGCCGAUCUAAUUACUAGGAGAGAAUAGUCACUUGACAAAACGCCCCCUAGGGAUUGGCUUCUAUUGCCAUUCCCGAGAUAUGAUGGUAACCUUGUGAUUGAGAGCAGACAAUCGCCAAAAUCGACAACGUUAGGGUUCGGAAAAUAGACCAGACCAUUUGAAAAACCAUGGGCCAAACAGGACCGCACAGUUUGAUCCGCACCGUAGACCGUUAAGAAUGGUCUUGUCCAUGGUCUAUAUUAUAUGAUGUAUUGAUCUCUUGGUCUGGUCUGGUCUAGUCAGCGAUUUACCGGACCUAGCCACUCGACCACUCUCAUGAUUCCCCCAACAAGACUCAAGUGUCAACCCUAAUUUUGAGAAACUUUUCCCCUCUUUCAUUCACAACCACAUUUCACCAGAGAGUAGAGAGAAUAAAAACAAGAAUCAUAACCAAUCACACUAAGUACAUUUUUUGUAUCUUUUUAAAUUAAAAACAUAUAAUAGCAUGGAGGAAAAAACUCUUCCCCCAUUUCAAUAGGAAAGGUAGAAUAGGGAGUGUCAAUUUUUUUCUCUUUCCUCUGUGGAACGGGCCAACUUACCGUACACAUGCAGAUUUAAACGGGUCCAGGAGUGUCAAUUUUUUUCUUUAAGCUCUUUUAUUUCUCCGUGGUGAUAAAAUAUAUAUGAAAAGGCCAAAAUAAUACUCCUUUUUAUUGCUAAAAAUAAAAAAUUUAACAAUAAACUAAUGCAUGGUAUCUAAUGGGCUAACCGCUAACCAUAAAAUAAAAGAGUUUAAUGGGCCUGACCUCACGGGAUUUGGCCAUCAAGUAAAACAAUGAUCAUCAUUGGUUUGUCAUUCUAAAAGCGUUUGUAGGAAGGAUAGAAUAGGGAAUGUCAAUUUUUUUCUCUUUCCUCUGUGGAACGGGCCAACUUACCGUACACAUGCGAAUUUAAACGGGUCUAGGAGUGUCAAUUUUUUUCUUUAAGCUCUUUUAUUUCUUCGUGGUGAUAAAAUAUAUAUGAAAAGGCAAAAACAAUACUCCUUUUUAUUGCUAAAAAUAAAAAAAAAUUAAUAAUAAACUAAUGCAUGGUAUCUAAUGGGCUAACCGCUAACUAUAAAAUAAAAGAGUUGAAUGAGCCUGACCUACACGGGAUUUGGCCAUCAAGUAAAACAAAUGAACAUCAUUGGUUUGUCAUUCUAAAACAAGCUAUUUUCUCUGGCAUAAUAUAUAUUAUGCUAUUAU